AUGAUUUCGACGCCCUCGCGGUCCUCUUCUGUUCCAGUUAAGCGUUCACGGAUAGACCUCUCGCCCCAUUCCGGUGGAUCCACACUGGACCGUCUGCAACUCAUGGCUGGUGAAAUCGACAUGCCGCCGUAUAUGAAGUUGAUCAUCGAUGUGCUCGAUGAUACGCGCCGUCAACUUAUGGAAGUCAAUAAGCGAAAUGAGGAAAUACUGCAGGAAAACAAAAGGCUCAGGGAGGAAAACUCCAUUUUGAAG